GCGCGAACAGAGGCGUCUCGUGGGGUGAUGCUCACGGACACAACCUGAACUCAUAAGCACACGAUGUUGUUCGUUUGUUCGCCUUAGUAAAAUGAAGACUGCGACGCUGUUAACCAGCAGAAUUAUUUAAUGACGUGUAAAGGCGGGAGAGCCAGUAAGGCACAUUUUGAAUGGAUGUGAUGUCUCCACACAGCGGGGCUGCGUCUAGCAGAAAGAACUGACUUCAAAUGUCGCCUCUUUCUAAACGAAAGAGCAAAAGAGGUCAACAAGGCGCUGUAAACGAGUGACAUGCUCUAUGAAGAAACACCGUCAAUGAACCAGUAUGAGCUUCGACUCGGCGAGCUGCUCUGAGGUACCGUGAGGCGGCGAAAAGGGGCAGUUAUCCGGGGGAGCCAGGAGCCGGCUGUCGGGGGCAACACUUCUCCUUAAAACAAUCUUCACAGACUCGCAGAGCGAGUCUGUGAGCUGUGUCGUCUGGGACACUGUCUGCCCCAUUGUCAUCAGACGUCAUGAGCUGGAGCUUCCUAACGCGUCUGCUGGAGGAGAUCCAGAACCACUCCACACCGGUGGGGAAACUCUGGCUCACCACGUUGGUCGUCUUCCGCAUCGUGCUCACAGCAGUAGGUGGCGAGUCCAUCUACUAUGACGAGCAGAGCAAGUUCAUCUGCAACUCAGGCCAGCCAGGCUGCGAGAAUGUCUGCUACGAUGCCUUUGCACCACUUUCGCAUGUGCGCUUCUGGGUCUUCCAGAUCAUCUUGUCUGCCAUGCCUUCACUCCUCUACAUGGGUUAUGCAGCCAACAAGAUCUCCCACAAUGAGGACGUGCGAGGAACUGGGGGUGGAGCUUCAGCAGGGGUUGGGGCAGGGGGAGGUUAUACACAGCGGAGGCCUAGGAAAAUGUACUUUGGGGCGCGGCAGCACCGUCCAGGACACGAGGAUGGAGAGGAGGAGCGAGAAGAUGACCCCAUGAUCUACGAGGUACCUGAGAUAGACAACACCAGGAGAGAACUGGUGCCCCCACGCCCAAAGCCCAAGAGACGUCAUGAUGGGCGGAGGCGUAUUCGUGAUGAUGGGCUAAUGCGGGUCUAUGUGAUACAGCUGUUGAUUCGUUCUGCCUUGGAAGCGGCUUUUCUGGCAGGGCAGUACCUGUUGUAUGGCUUCCGGGUGCAGCCUAUCUUUGUGUGCUCAGACAAGCCUUGCCCACACAGCGUGGACUGCUUCAUUUCACGCCCCACAGAGAAGACCAUCUUUCUGCGCAUCAUGUAUGGCGUAAGCUGCCUCUGCUUGCUGCUCAAUGUGUGGGAGAUGAUCCACCUUGGAGCCGGAGCCAUCAGGGACGCCCUGCGCAAACGCAACACCGCAGCAGCCGAGGAUGAAUACCAGUUAGGCCUACUAGGACCUGGGGGCGUGUCUGUUGGAGUGGGAGGGCCAGCACUCAGCGAGGGAGAAACAGCAGAUGAAGUUGGUGGUGGAGUCAGGGAGGCAGACUAUGUGGGUUAUCCUUUCUCAUGGAACACGCCUUCCGCGCCACCAGGCUAUAAUAUCGUGGUAAAACCAGAAGCCAUGCCCUAUACAGACUUGAGCAAUGCCAAGAUGGCAUGCAAGCAGAACCGUGCCAACAUUGCUCAAGAGGAGCAGCAACAAUAUGGCUCCAACGAGGACAACUUCCCUUCAGCGGGCGAUGCCCGGCCACCACCGAUCAACAAGGACGUCAUCCAACUGGAGGCAGCAAUUCAGGCCUACACUCUUCAACACCAUGCCAAUAAUGACGAUGACGGCAUGCAUGACAACCCCGAUAACGACGACAAGCCGCAGAGCAACAUUCCACCUGCUUCUCAGAAAGAGCGGAAACACCGGCCUAAACAUGGCAAAGCAAGUAGUGCAGGGAGCACUAGCAGCAGUAGCAAGUCCGGAGAGGGAAAACCGUCUGUAUGGAUCUGACAUUUCAUGUGUUCAUAAACAUCCAUAUGUAUUUCCUUUGCAAAAUCUUGGGCAUUGACAUAUAAACUUUUAUGGACAAUGAUACAUUAGGAGUGUUGGAAACACCUUUCGUGCCUUAGAAUCCAAGGAGCUCUGGUGAAGCCGUGAAAGUAAACUUUUGGCUGAAAUUCCAAAAUAUCUGGUGUUUCCAAACUGAUCUCUGUUGUUUUGAAACUGAAUUAACCAGGCUCUAUUUAUCUCAGCCACAGUCCAUAAAACCUUUAAGUAAAAAAAAAAAAACAAAAAAACAAUGCAGCUUUGGUGAUAAUGGUUC